GCGUGACGGCGCUGAGUGGCGUCUGCUGAAAGCGUCCGUGCGGAGCGUCGGCGUGUCGGCACCGCCGUCGGCUGCGGGCUGCGGACGGACGCGGCGUGCGUGCUUUGGGGCUCCCCGGGCACGGCACCCGCAAACGGGAGUGCUGGGGAGUUACGGGGCCUGGGAUCUUCUGACGGAAACCUGCUGGACUAAACCCUUGCUGCUAUGAAAGAAGAAGCGUCUUUCGUUACGGCGAGCUCCCGUGUGUGUCUGGUGUUCUCGCUCUCUGCGGUGCCUGAGAGAAGGCCGAGUAGAGCUGUGCUGUUUGCCCAGCAGCCAUCUGCGCAUAUAGCUGGGUGAUGGAGAUGUCUAAACCCUGCUCCCGAUCUUCAAAACAGAAAACAAGAUCCUGCUGGGUUCUGCCCACCUACCUCUGAAAGAGAGGUUUGAGGUUCUGUUUGUUGAAAUAGAAUGUAAGGUUCUGUUUGGAGGUGAGUUCUUGCAGAGUUGUCUGACCCUGUGGCACAGUGACAGGUGCUGCACAGCACACCCUCAGUGGUCUGUCAUCAGCCUGCACCUUUGGUGUGAACCUGCUUUCUCAGGGGGGUAGACACAUGCUCCAGCCCUUAUGGUUCUGUGUAAGUGCACAGAGUUACCCACGUUUGUGUGGAAAAGGUGAAAUGAACUCCAUCAGACCAGAAGGCCAACUGAGUUCUGGGCUGCAUUAAAAAGGGGUGGCCAGCAGGGAGAGGGAGGUGAUGGUCUCCCUCUACCUGUCUCUUGUGAGGCCCCAUCUGCAGCACUGCAUCCAUGCACGUCCAGCACAGGAAGGACAUGGAGCUCUUGGAGCAGGUCCAGAGGAGGGCACUGAGAUGAGCAGAGGGCUGGAGCAGCUCUGUUGUGAGGGAAGGUUGAGGGAACUGGGCUUGUUUAGCUUGCAGAAGAGAAGGCUCCAAGGAGACCUCGUUGUGGCCUUCCAGUGCUUGAAGAUAGCAUAUAAACAGGAGGGGGAACGGCUGUUUGUGAGGGUGAACAGUGAUAGGACAAGGGGGAAUGGUCUUAAACUGAGACAGGGGAAGUUUAGGUUGGAGAUUAGGAGGAAGUUUUUCACCCAGAGGGUGGUGAGGCACUGGAACAGGUUGCCCAAGGAGGCUGUGGAUGCCCCAUCUCUGGAGGCAUUCAAAGCCAGGCUGAAUGUGGCUCUGGGCAGCCUGGGCUGCUGGUUGGCGACCCUGCACAUAGCAGGGAGUUGAAAUUAGAUGAUCACUGUGGUCCUUUUCAACCCAGACCAUUCUAUGAUCUGCUUCCAGCACACCUGAUGGUGAGCAGCAGUCACAGAAUCACAGAGUCUGGAAAAGACACUAUAAGCAUCAGGUCCAGCUGCCAAGCCAUGUCUGCUAACCCAUAGUCCUUGAAUAUACUUCUCAGACAGCAGUUUUUUUUUUCCUUUGGUGCUCUCGUCCAGAGAAGUGUUAAGAGAGUGUAAGUCCUGUGUAUCUUUACAGAUGAAAUUACGGGAUAAAAAGAAAUUUCUUUCAAAUCUUGCAGAAUAAUUAGAAUUUCUGUUUGCCAGCAGGAGCACUGAGAACACUGGUGUGAUGCUGUUUUCCUUAGGACUGAGGAAGAUUUGGUGCCAGUGAAAGCGUGGGAAAACAUAUGCUUGAAGCAUGCAACAACAACCUGGAGAUGGCUGUCACCAUGUUUCUGGAUGGUGGAGGCAUAGCAGAGGAGCCCAGCACCAGCUCUGCAGCAGUGUCUGCAGUUCGGCCACACACCGAGUGCUGGUCAGCUUAGUUUUACUUCUAGGAAGAAAGAAAAAUAUGCAAAUGCAGAAAGGAGAAUAACUAGCUUCACAACAGCGAUCAAAGAUGUGGAGGCUAAUAGCAAGGGAUGAAGUACGAGCUCCAAUUCCUCAAAAACAGGAAAUUUUAGUAGAGCCUGAGCCCUUGUUUGGAGCUCCUAAGAGACGCAGACCUGCGCGUUCAAUAUUUGACGGCUUCCGGGAUUUUCAGACAGAAACCAUUCGACAGGAACAGGAGCUACGAAAUGGAGGAGCAGUAGAUAAGAAACUCACUACCCUAGCAGACCUCUUCAGGCCUCCCAUUGAUCUGAUGCACAAAGGCAGCUUUGAGACGGCCAAGGAGUGUGGUCAGAUGCAGAACAAAUGGCUCAUGAUAAACAUUCAGAACGUGCAAGAUUUUGCGUGCCAGUGUCUGAACCGCGACGUAUGGAGCAAUGAGGCUGUGAAGAACAUCAUCAGGGAGCAUUUCAUUUUUUGGCAGGUCUAUCACGACAGUGAGGAGGGGCAGAGGUACAUACAGUUUUAUAAAUUAGCAGACUUCCCUUAUGUCUCCAUCCUGGAUCCCAGGACAGGCCAGAAACUAGUGGAGUGGCACCAACUGGACGUGACCUCUUUCUUGGACCAAGUGACCGGGUUCCUGAGUGAGCACGGGCAGCUGGAUGGGCAUUCUACCAACCCUCCCCAAAAAUGCUCCCGUUCGGAGAGCCUCAUUGAUGCCAGUGAGGACAGCCAGCUGGAAGCUGCUAUCAGAGCUUCGUUACAGGAAACACAUUUUGAUUCCUCACAGACCAAGCAGGAGAGUCGAUCAGAUGAGGAAUCUGAGUCAGAGCUUUUUUCUGGAAGCGAAGAGUUCAUUUCUGUUUGCGGAUCUGAGGAGGAGGAGGAAUCGGAGAAUCCUGCCAAGUUGAGGAAGUCUCCACACAAAGACUUGGGGUACAAAAAAGAGGAAAGCCGGAGGCCUCAGCCUGAGCCCCCUGCAAGGACUGAGCCUGGGACAACAUCAAAUCACAGGGUACUGCCCUGCAUUGAUGCAGGGGUGGUGGAGGAGCCAGCUGACAAGCCUGAAAGUAUGUUGCAGGGCCUAGAUGUGAAUGGACCAAAGGCACAGCUGAUGCUAAGGUAUCCAGAUGGAAAGAGAGAACAAAUUUCACUGCCUGAACAAGCUAAACUUCUGGCUCUUGUGAAACAUGUCCAGUCAAAAGGGUACCCCAACGAACGCUUUGAACUCCUCACCAACUUCCCUCGAAGGAAACUCUCUCACCUGGACUAUGAGAUCACAUUACAGGAGGCAGGCCUGUGUCCUCAAGAGACUGUCUUUGUGCAGGAAAGGAAUUAGCACUGUGGCCUGAGUUCUCCCAGCCUUCCUCCCCUCUCCUCUUUGCCUAGGACACCAACUCGUUGAUAUGCAGUUGAGGGUCAUAGGAUUGCAGUGCUAAAAUCAGGCAGGCAGCUGGCUGGCCCUUCUCUCUCUUCUUCCCUUCUGCUCUAGCGACAAUUGAGCGUGUUCAGAGUUCUGUUUUUGUUCCCAGCUUGAGCCCUUGGGAAGAACAUCUUUCCUUUGUUUUCAUGAAGUAGAACAGGGACCUAUGAAUGCAGUGUGCUGGGACUUGGAGUGGCUGUAGUAGACACACCCUGCUCGCUGCUGUUCUUUAAUCAGUUUCAUUUAAUUUGUAUUUGAAAACACUGUUUGAUAAGGCACUGAGUCACCUCUGUAAAGAGAGAGUGUAAUCUUUAUUACAGUCUUUCGUUUGCUUUGAUUCUCCAUGUGAAGGUUCUCCAUUAACCUUACAGCAUUCUUGAGAUCAUUCACUUACCUUGCAGUCUGCUGAAACUUACUUUGGAAAGGAGUUCAGGAGCUGUGGCAAGAUUCUCUGCCCCUACCUAAUAGGCUUCUAGGCUGCAUGCAUGCUCUCAUCAUCCUUUAAAUGCUGCCAAUGGAUGCAGGUUUCAUCAUUUUUUUUAUGAAAAAAGCAAGGAUCCCCCCUCCAAAAAAAAAAAAAAGACUUGAAAAGUUGGGUCUGCUUUUGCUGCAGUAUCAACUCCUCCCUGCAAGGAGGGGGAAAUUCUGUUUUUUCUCCUUUUUACUUGCUUUCAGGAUUUUGCAGCUGACAAUAGAAGGUGGCAUGAUUCAGUGAAGACCUUGGGAGUGUGGAAAACAUGGAGUAAACUUGACAAGUAGUUGGCUUUUUUUUCCCUCCCUCCUUCUGUAUGUCACUGCUGCACCAGGGGUGACUAAUUUGUAAGUUGGCAUUAGAGCACAGACUGCAGUUGGGCAGGACAGCAAGUCCUAGGCAGGGUUCCUGUCAUUAAUUCAAACCAUAAAUAGCCUUGUUAAAACUGUGGAAGGAAUUAGUACUUCAUAAAAGACUUUAUAGCUGGUGGCAGCUCCAGGCUGCUUUUUAUUCUAUUGUAAUCUUAAUCUGCUGUCAUUUACCACUAAACCUGGAAGGAUGUAUUGAAAGCUACUCCUUUAUUUGUGGUUUCAUUUCAGCUACGAAAGCUGGCAGCAGAAUUCAUGCAGGCACAUCCUGUGUGUAUGCCAAGUGCCCUGUUUUCCCAGUGUCUCACCUGGACAUUGAGCCAUUGGUACAGCAUAGGUUACAGGAAACAAAAGUCAGUUAACACUGCCAUCUGCAUGAUGGAUGUGCAGUGUGUUUAUUUACAGUUAAGCAUCCAAUUUAAUGUUCUUCAUCAGGGAGGAAAAAGGCAUACGAGUCCUUCUGUAACUUCCUGUAACUGUCAGGUGGUUCAUACAUGUGACUUCAGUGGUCAGAAGUUUUCUAUAGCCUGAAACUUUUCAAGAUAUUUGUGCAUUUAAUUUCAUACCAGCCUUUGGAGUCUUUAAAUAGAGAAAGCCAUGGACAAUGUUUUGCAUUCCCCAUGGUAUAACAAUACAGUUGUGUAAAUUCAUUUUCCUUCUGCAUUAACGUCUUUGCAUUCUACUGCAAGGUACUGCAUUGUGAAAGCAGAAUCUGAUGGCAUUUUCCUGACCAGUGAGUGAUGUGACAUCAGAUGCCAGGUUUGGUUUGUAGAGCUCCUUUAAGAGGCUGUUUUGCAGCGCUAAAAGGUGAAUGACAAGGCCAGCAGAACGGUGAGAGUGUUGGUGUUUGGCCUCUGGGGCAGCAGCAGCAGCAUUUCUAGACUGAAAGAUAUCUAUAGAACUUCUAGAAUAUCCAAAUUCUUGUCUCACACCUGGGAGUAGAAGAGUAGGGCAGAAGGAAACCCUUCUGUGUAAGUAUGGUACUUAGGUAAUUUCAGCUCUCCAGUUAAAUAUCCUACUCUGAUGUUUAUUACCUUGAAACUUGCUGCCUCUUCUUCAGUGAAUUGCUGCAAGAAGGUGGGCUGCCAACAGGAAACAGCACCUGGCAUCAGCGUGAUGUCCUUUCUUGUCCCUCAGACAUGGGAGCAUGUUGACUUUUCUUGUUCUCCUGCCACUCCCUGUAUACAGCAGCCUUUGCACUUUUGCUUCUGUCUCUCAAGCUGUGACUGGCUGGCUGCAUCUUGGUACUGGCCGGGGGGGGUUGCAUCUGCUCUGAGCACAUUGUUCCACAUCAGCUUUCCUAAUAGUGAACUUAAACAUAGAAAAUUGACUCUGUUGUUUCAGUCUUGUGCCUGUUCCGUUGGUAGCUUCUCUUUUGAUCCUUCUCCACAGUUUUACUAAUGUACUUAAGCUUCAGCAAUUAGAUGUUAAAAAAAAAAAUCAACUAGUGGCUGCAUCAGGGAAAGAGGGAAAACUGCACUGCAGGCAGGAGCACGAGCUUCAUUUCUGAUGCUGAAGACCAGCAUGGUCCCAUAUUAUGAGCCUUUCUUUCUGACCCCAUUUUCCACAACUAGGAGCUGUGGAGCUGACUUUCUUUAAUCUGUGCUUAGCUGUAGGAUCAUGCUGUCAAAUCCAAAACAGGAAGUUCUGGUUUAGCAUCUCAUUGCCUUUGUUAUGCUCAAUCAUCUUGUGCAGAGGAAACCAAAAGUUGCACUUGGAUGUGGCAAGGUUUUUUCCUGAGCCAUCAAGACUAAAAGUCUUUCGUUUCAUUUCUUGUCUUCUUUCUGUCUCUUGGCUUUUUAUUAGCAAAUAGCAAUUCUUUUAUAACUGAUCAGGAAAUUAAGAAAUGGGGAGAAAAAACAAAACCAUAUUAAAAAUGGGAUUUUUCUUCCCUUUCAGGUAAGGACUCAGAAUUAUUUUGUGGCAGUUCUUAAUGCUUUGUUCUGCUCCAAGAAAUAAUGAGCUGAUCUGUUGUUGAGUUUGUUUGUUUCUCUGGCAUGUUGUGGUUUCUUUUGCCUUGACCUGUGAGCUGGAGGCAGAGAGGUCUUAAAGUGUCCCUGUGCACACCUCUUCUCUCUUUUCAUUCUUCUCCCUUUUUUCCCCCUUAUUCCCACCCCAGUAAAAGCAGAGCCACAGCUCACAUCACCCAGCUGUUCUCUGCUGUGAAAGCUGUGAAGAAAAAGCACCAGCCGGGGCACAGCUCCUCAGAUUUUCAUUCAGAGCUCUUUGGAGUUUGGAGAAACGUGUUUUGAUGGCCUGAAGAAUGUGGCUGAACACAUUAACAGAGCUAAGCAUGCGGCAGCUUGUAUCUGGGAAGGUGUAAGCCACCUGGACUCAAUUUAGAAAGAGCCUUGGUCAUGGUUGCUUCUGAAUGUUAAGUUUGAAGCUCAAAUUACUUUUGACGAGGCUGGAAAAAACACCUUAAAUCCUUAAUUGCAGAAUAAGUUGAAGUUGGAAGGACAAAGGAAAUCAUCCCUCAGUGUCUGUGGUUUGUGGUUUCCAGUGUUGUUUGGCCACAGUUUGCAUGGCAAAGGACUGCCACGAGCAGAGGCAGACAGUGGAAGGCUUUGUUGGUAGGGAGCUAAAGUGCUUCAAGCUGCAGCUUCUUGCUGCUUGCAAUGAAACCUUCUUUGCAUGUGUUCUUCAUCUAGCUUGUUUUUUUUGUUUUGGUUUUUAAUGUCUAACUGGCUUAUUUUUGCUGUCACAACCAGCAUCCAGAAACAGAGCACAAGCAGCUGGACCUCGCUUUCUUUGCCUGUUGCUGUCAGCACACUCUUUUGUUUUGGCUUCCCACUCUCAGACCUCCAGAGAUCCAGGGAAGGAUUUUGGCUCUUCCUAGCAGUACCUGCUCUCAGCCAGGCUGACCAACCGGCUUCAACCCUGUUGCCUCCUCUCCUGGAGGAAAUAGGGCAUCUGAAGGCUGUGUCACAGGUUGCUGGAUGUGCCUGUGUUGUUUUCAUUAGGCUUUGAACCGUGGUCUGAGAUUCUGCACUUCUGACAUUUAUGGACUGAAUAAUGUCAUGCUUCCUGGUGAAAAAUCUGAUAAGGUGACAACCUUGGUAUUGAAAGAAUGCGUGUGUGUAGCUUGUAAAGCAGAGCUGUCUACAGAAGGGCAGCAAUUUUCAGACGUAGACAUAAAUGGCCAUUUUGAUUAUGCACCAGCUCACCAAAUUAACUACUUAAUUAACUCAAUCAGUGUCAGUGUACAUGCUCCUCUGCACCAAGUCAUACCAGCUUCCACAUUUACAGGUGCUGUGGUUUGUACGCAUGCUGCCAUCAGAAACUGGCAGCUGGUUUUAGCACUUAAUGAGUAAACCUCACUGCUGGUGGGUUCUCACAUAGACUUAGAAAACUUCCAUGCAGCUGUGUGCUUUGCUGUUUGACAUACCCUGUGACUAUUCAGAACUUCUUGCUUGAAGUACGUCUGAGUUACGGGUAAUGAAACAGAACAGUUAAUCCUGAGGAUGGGGGCUUUCCUUUCUGGUUCUUUAAAGAAAAAGGCAUCUCCAUGCAGGAGUUCUUUGACGACAGCUACUGUGCUGCAGAGGGCACCAUGCAUUGCUUGCAGCUCCUGCAGGCAGCAAAUUACAGCUGGUUCUGAGAGCAGGCUCCUUGUCUGCUAGCUGGGAUGCUCUGUCCUGGCUCACUGAGUUUGUUCUCGCUGAGCUGGACCAUUGAGUUGGGUUGCAAGAACUCAAGAGUAACAAGGGCUCCACCCCUUCUUGUGGGGCAGGAAAUCACAGUGAAGCAUCCCUUCAGCUGCAUUUUGACUGGUGCUGAAGGCUGCAGCAAACAGGCAAGAUGCAUCUGAUGUUUUUCCAAACCAUGUGAGCCUCUGUUAUCUGGCUUCAUGUGGGGAAGUCCCUGUGAGUGGGAGGAUGCGUGUCAUUUAAGGAACUUGAAGUAACAACUUGUUACAGCUUUUUUUCUUGUCGCAGCUUUGUCCUUGUUUAAUCCCUUUUUAAUCCAGCUAGUAGAAAAGAAUAGCUCUGUAUGCCAAAGAGAGGAGAGGUGGCUGAAGUGGAGGUGGAGAGCAAAGUCCGUUGUGAAGAUUGGGUCUGCCUUGUCCAGCUGUUUUUCAACAGAAAUGAUUUCUGUAGGUGUCGUAGCUUUUGUCUUAAAGGCAAUACAAAACUCCCACCUGAGCCCUGCGUUGGCCAUCUCUGUUGUUGGAAAUUCCUUCAGCUGCAUUAGGAGUCAGCCAAACAUUUCAGUGAUGACUGUUAAGGUCUGCUGUAAGGUGGCUGUAAGGUGAACUGUAGCCUGUGAGGACAGCUUUGCAGGGGCUGUUUCUGAAAGCAGGAUCUCACUGCAUCCUGCUGCCUGCUCCCAAGCCUGAAGGUUAAUGGACUCCCUUUCUGUGGUGUGCUGCAAGAUGACUUCUAAUCUUGUCUUCUCUUGCCCAUGAGGUGCUUAGUGUCUGUCCACUUCCCUAAAUAGAGCCAUAUGUAUAUAUGUGUACACACACACAUCUGUAAUUGGAGGACGUGGCACUUAACAUCAGUGCCUUGGCUUCGUCCGUUCUGUCUCCUGUUUGCUGCCGGUACAUUGUGAGUAGUCACAGAAGUUUGGGAUUUGGUCACUAUCUAAUUACUGCGUCUGCAGUACGAGGAAGAGCAGUUCUGUAUCUGCCUGUGAAAGGGUGCUGGGAUUUGAUGGGAUAGGAUAGCUAGGGGAAGGCCGUGGAGCAGGGGGCCGAGGUGCUAUUUGAUACAACAGCUCUGUGUGAAACAAAUCUGCAGAGCAUGCCUCGGAGCCGUGGUGUCUGAUGAGAGACACCGGGCUGUACAGCAGAUGACUCUCAGUGAGGCUGAGUCCUCUCAUGGGUGAACUUACAGUUUCCAAAUUUGGGCUUCGCCUGCCGGUUUUUACACUGGUCACUUUUUCCUUCAAUGAUGCAACUUCAUGCUGGAGGAGGGAGAGAACUAAUUUGGGUGAUUUCAGCUCACUGUGCUGGGAGGGACCAAACUCAAGGAAACCUCUGAUCUAUAUACACAACUGCUGCAUUUUUUAUAAAUAUAUGUAAAUGUCCUAUUGUAAUAUUUGAUCCUGGAAAUAAAACAAACUGUUUUCACUA